GUUCUUAUUGGAUAGACAGCAGAGGCCUGCCCUGAGCCACAGACGGUAGUAGUGGCGAUAAUCGGGUUACAGUUUCACAUUGUAAAUAUGGCCGCUAACUACAAGAAGCCUUCAGUGGGAGUAACUACUCAGCGAAAGAAGACGGGUCCAAAACCUGAGCUUACUGAAGAGCAGAAGCAGGAGAUCCGAGAGGCCUUUGACCUGUUUGAUACUGAUGGCACUGGGACCAUAGAUGUCAAGGAGCUAAAGGUCGCCAUGCGAGCUCUUGGAUUCGAACCCAAGAAGGAGGAAAUCAAGAAGAUGAUUGCUGAUAUUGACAAAGAGGGCACUGGAAAAAUCAGCUUUAGUGAUUUCAUGUCUGCCAUGACACAGAAGAUGGCAGAGAAAGAUUCGAAAGAGGAAAUAAUGAAGGCUUUUCGAUUAUUUGAUGAUGAUGAAACAGGAAAGAUAUCAUUUAAAAAUCUGAAACGGGUUGCCAAAGAACUCGGUGAAAACCUCACUGAUGAAGAGCUACAGGAGAUGAUCGAUGAAGCUGACCGGGAUGGAGAUGGGGAAGUGAACGAGCAAGAAUUUCUUCGAAUAAUGAAGAAGACUAGCCUGUACUGACCUUAAUUUAUUAACGUAUGUUCAUGUUCCUCGGGGGAAGCAUCUCCUUAUUUAUUUUUGGCUUCCUGGAUCUAUAUCAGAGGCAAAAGCAUUGAUCCGGUGCCUCGAGAUUCUGUUUUUCUAGUGUAUGAAAAUAUCUCUUUGGGGUUCAUUUUAUCUUUUUUUAUUUUGACAGCUUUAACACACUUGGCAUUCUAUAAUGUGUCACCCAGGACUGAAAUACGGUAUGUGGUAGAGAUCUUAUGAAGGGUUUAGGCAAUCUGUAAUGCUACAGCUAGAAGGACAAUCCUGCGGAAGGUUAUCUACAGCUUUAGUAGUCUGUUUGUUUAGUACGUUUGCUUUAUUUGUUUGAUUUUUCUUUUGUGCCUAAGUUCUAUAUUUCAAUGUAAGGUGAGCAGUGAAAAGAGAUGGUCCUAAAGUAUUAUACAUCAUGCAUUUUUAUGUGCCUCAUAUAUGUUUUACUUUGUACAGUGGACAUUUUAUUCUUCAUGUUCUGUUUCAACUUAAACAAAGAGAACCAUUUUUAUUGUAGGAUUCCACACCAUUCACAAUGGAUGUAAUAGAGGUUAUGUACAAAACUGGUCUUAUCGCCAUAGUAACAAAAGAUACUGUAUAUUUCUAGUGACUGGACCAUACCAUUGGUUGCAAUGCCGAUUGCCGAGCACAUUUUGAAGCUUUUCACCAGAAUCACUUUGUAUACAAAAACCGUCAGUAUAUUCUUUGGUGUUGGUGAAAGUGGGACCAAUAGAACACAUGUUGCUGUGUAGCGAAUUAUAUUUAUGGCUUUCACUAUUUAUUUAGUUAAAAAGAUACAAGUUUCAAUGGGUCAUUUAGAAACACAUUUCAAAGAUUUGCAUUUAAAGCUACUGUUUUAAAAAAAUAUUUUUUUGUAAAAAAAAACAAACUGAGUUGGUUAAGUAUACAGAAGAUGUUCUAAGUGCUAAAUGUAAUUUACCUUUUUUUAUUUGUGUAUAUUUUUGUACCGAAAUCUGUGCAGACAAUUUGUGUUCAACUGUUGUACUUUUUAUUUUGUAAACUAUAAAAUACCAAAUUAAAAAAUAUUAUUGGUGUCAAAAAGUC